CGGCGAGUGAGCUAUAGUAAGACUAUUUGCUUGCACAAGGUUUACAUUUUCCUCUCAACACUCGAUCUCACCUAGAUAUAGCCCAUCACUCCGACGCGUACCUCUACUUCAGCCCCCGCAGAAAUCAGACCAAAGUGAAAUCCAACUAUCUAAAUACUGAAUUCCCCUCAUCACAAUGUCGAAAUUCGCGCCUCACCGUCGGUCAAACAAUAACCCAAGGGCGACCUCUGGAACCGUUUGUCAAAAGUGCCUUGGUACAGGUCAUUUCAUAUUCGAAUGCAAGUCCACGCGUCCAUACGUAUCCCGUCCCUCGCGGACGGAAAUGCUCGAAAACCCGAAGUUACUUACAAAGUUGAAGGCAGAGGGAAAACCUUCAGUCGAAGUGCCGGAGGAAUUUAGAACAAAGAGUGGAACAGCAAACCGGAUUUUAGCGUCAAAGGAGCAGGAACGACUGGCACUGGAGGAAUCCAAAGGAAAAGCCAAGGAGGAAGACGGCAGAACUCGAAAGAAAGCUAGAAGGUCUUCGAGGUCCUCCUCGGAUAGUUCAGACUCGGAAUCAGAUUCAGAUUCAGGAUCUAGCUCAUCUGCCAGCUCUGCAUCAAGUUCAGAUGCCUCACGUUCGGUUUCCAGAGAUCGCAGCAGGAAGCGACCAAAGCGGCGAAGUUCAUCUUCAGUUCGUUCAGAAUCUUCAUCUCGCAGUAGAUCCAGAGACUGAAAAAUGUCAUCCAUCGAACGUUCAAGACAUAGUUCGUCUGUGAUUUUACUGGAGUCUGUAUUUAUGUAGGGAACAAAAUGUAUGUAAUGAAGUACGAGUGAUCAAU